AUGGCGGACGAACGCACACCUGGAGACGCUCCGAAGGACUUUUCUGCGCUUCUCUCGGAUGGCGACGUGCGCUCAGGGUUCGAAGCCCCGGAGGCGUCGCGGUGGCCCAGAGCCGUGGCACGCAAAUGGAUGCCGGUUCUGUUUAUGGGGGCGUGCCUGGUGUACUGCGCCCGGAUGACCAUGCCCGUCUGCGCCGUCGCGAUGGCCGCCACCUUCCGCUGGAACAAGAUCGACACCGGCGUGGCCCUGGGCGGGUUCUUCUGGGGCUACUCGUGCACGGCCAUCCUCGGCGGCCAUGCGAGCGACAGGAUCGGAGGCGAGCGAGUGCUGUUGUUCUCGGCCACCUCGUGGGCGGCGGUCACCGCCGCCACGCCCCUUCUGGCCCGCCUCGGCUCUCACAGCCUGGCCCUCAUGACCUUGGCCCGAGUCCUCAUGGGAGUACUGCAAGGCGUAUUCUUCCCGUCUUUGGCCAGUCUGAUCGCCCAGCGGGCACCGGAAGGCCAGAAGAGCUUUUUAAGCGCCAUCGUGCAAAGCGGUACCUCUCUUGGAAUAUUGCUGGCAGGGCUGCUGGGCUCGGUGAUGUUGGACCGGUACAGUUGGGAAAAGGCGUUCUACGCUGUUGGUUUUCUGUCUGGGCUGUGGGCGCUCGUCGUGUGGCAGUAUUUGCCGAAAGGCAAACCUCAUCCGGAGCUGAAAGAAAGAAGAAAUGAUGACCAAUCAAAGACUUUCUCGUGGAAACGUCUGCUGAGACUCCUGAGGAAGCCGUGCAUCUGGUCGAUGGUCUUGGCUCACACGUGCACGUGCGGCACUUCCUACACGUUACUGUCGUGGAUGCCGACAUACUUCAGUGAACAGUAUCCGCAUCUCAGGACGUGGGUGUACAACGUGGUUCCUUGGACUGCUGCCAUCCCAGCAGCUCUCUGCGGGGGAUACGUUUCGGAUUCGCUCAUCGGCCGACGAUACAGCGUCGCGUUUGUGAGGAAGUCAAUGCAAUUCAUCGCCAUGGGCGUUUCCACCGCUUUUGUGCUGCUGCUGUCCGCAAAGAUGUCGCCUCCCGUCGCCGUGAUCUGCAUUACUGCUGUCAUGGUUUCGCUCUCCUUCACCAGCUGUGGUUCUUCUGUGAACGUGCAGGACCUGACCCCUUCGAGCGCCGGCGCCCUCUACGGUUUCAUGAAUAUGCUUGGUUCUUUCAUGGGGAUGCUGAUGGUGGCGCUGUCGGGCUACCUGAUCGAGGGAACCGACUCGUGGGCCCCCCUUUUCUGGCUGGUCGGCGCCGUCCACGUCGUCGGUCUCGCCGUCUUCCUCUGCUUUGGAGACGCCCGACGUGUCGACCUGGAAGACUCCAACGUCGCCGCUUUGGAUUGAGAUGUCGCAACGUCUCCGCCAUCGUGUUUUAUCUUAUAAAAAAUAAAAAUUUGUUACGAUGCGUUUGCUUUGUGGAUGUCCAGAAGUGGAAAGGAAGUCCAAGCGGAAAAUUGAGAUAUGACCGUGACAAAUCUGCACUUCAACCACUUUGAGGCAACAAAAACGACGACUAGAGUGCAAUAUGUCUUUCUUCUCUUCUUCCUUGCUAAUACAGUAUUAAUAUUUCUGGUACCGGUUGUCUCGUGCACUUUGACUGAAAUGCGGCGUUGUUGAAUUUUCCCAAUAAACAUCUGAAAACUUUCAAAUCUGUGUUUCUUGCGGAUUUCCGAGCAAGGCGAGGAAGACUUGCGACUCGGCAAAAACUAGUCAGUCAAUCAUAUACGGUACCGUAAUUCCCGGCCUACGAGCCGCGACUUUUUUAGCAGCCGCCGCGCUAGUUAGCGUUAGCGCCGCUGUGUCAGCAUUAACAGCGCCACAUUAGCGUUAGCGCCGCCGUGUUAGUGUUAUCAGUGCCGCAUUAGCAUUAGCACCACCGCGUGAGCACUGCCGCAUUAGCGUCAUAACUUUCUGUGUACCGAGGCUUGUCACCAGGUGCGCUCUGUAGGCUGGGAAUUACGGUAGUUCCUUUCUAUUAAACUUUUGUUUUUAGUGCAAUGCAUUUUUUUCUGAACUGUUUUCCUUUUAACUUUUAUUUAGGUACAAUUUCUAUUACCCCCCCAUCUUCACAUUGUUUUUUGAUGAACACUUCAUCCUACUACACUACUGUAUUUUAGUUUUCGUCGAGUUGGUGGGAGUUGAAGGGACAAGUAUUUACUUCGUUUUUUUUUUUUAAAGAUGGUACUGGUGCGAAAACAGUUCAAAUUGAGGAAAAACACUAGAUAAAAGAUUAUUCAGAUGAUUAUGAGUAUUAAAAGUCUCGGUUGACCAAGGAAGCUUUUUUUUUUUUAUUUUUGUGAGUGUCGUGCACAAGUCAACAGUAUAUGAAAGACAUUUGGGGGGGUGGGGCAUUUUUAGGGGGGUCCUCAAAAGCUGUUUGGUGUUUGAAAUCAUAUUUAGGAAUCACUUUUACUCCAGAAUUUUGUUUUCGUUCAAUAAUAUUUGAAAUGCAAUCGAGGCGGGAGGCAGGCCUCCACAUCCAACAUGGCGGCGACGUCACGCACGAUGACGCGCUCGACGCGUGACCCUUCGCGGAUUUGACGUCUUCCGCGAGCUUUUUCAGCACCGCGGUCAGCGCAGCCGCAGGACACGCGCGGACGCCGCGGUCACGUCCGAGC